AUGCAGAAAGUCCGGGGCACGCGAGGCGAGGACGCGGGCACGAGGGCACCCCCCAGUCCUGGGGUGCCCCCGAAGAGGGCCAAGGUGGGGGCCGGCGGCGGGGCCCCGGCAGCCGUGGCUGUGGCCGGGGCGCCAGUCUUCCUGCGGCCCUUGAAGAACGCGGCGGUGUGCGCGGGCAGCGACGUGCGGCUGCGGGUGGUGGUGAGCGGGACACCCAGGCCUAGCCUCAGCUGGUUCCGGGAUGGGCAGCCCCUGACCGCGCCGGCCCCUGAGCCCAGCUGUCUGUGGCUGCGGAGCUGCGGGGCGCGGGACGCCGGCGUGUACAGCUGCAGGGCCCAGAACGAGCGGGGCCAGACCUCCUGCGAGGCUGUUCUCACGGUGCUGGAGGUCGGAGACUCAGAGACGGCUGAGGAUGACAUCAGCGAUGUGCAGGGGACCCAGCGCUUGGAGCUUCGGGAUGAUGGGGCCUUCAGCACCCCCACGGGGGGCUCUGAUACCCUGGUGGGCACCUCCCUGGACACACCCCCGACCUCCAUGACAGGCACCUCAGAGGAGCAAGUGAGCUGGUGGGGCAGCGGGCAGACGGUCCUGGAGCAGGAAGCGGGCAGUGGGGGUGGCACCCGCCGCCUCCCGGGCAGCCCAAGGCAAGCACAGGCAACCGGGGCCGGGCCACGGCACCUGGGGGUGGAGCCGCUGGUGCGGGCAUCUCGAGCUAAUCUGGUGGGCGCAAGCUGGGGGUCAGAGGAUAGCCUUUCGGUGGCCAGUGACCUGUACGGCAGCGCGUUCAGUCUGUACAGAGGACGGGCGCUCUCGAUCCACGUCAGCGUCCCUCAGAGUGGACUGCACAGGGAGGAGCCCGACCUUCAGCCUCAGCUGGCCAGCGAAGCCCCGCGUCGCGCGGCUCCUCCGCCUCCCUCCAAAUCCGCGCUGCUUCCUCCACCGUCCCCUCGGGUGGGUAAGCGGUCCCCGCUGGGACCCAGCGCCCAGCCUGCAGCGACUCCCACAUCGCCCCAUCGGCGCACUCAGGAGCCUCUGCAGCCGGAGGACACCAUUGCCGAAGAGAAGCGAGGGAAAAAGUCCAAGUCGUCAGGGCCCUCGCUGGCGGGCACGGUAGAAUCCCGGUCGCAGACGCCCCUGAGCGAGGCUUCAGGCCGCCUGUCCGCUCUGGGCCGCUCACCUAGGCUGGUGCGCGCUGGCUCCCGCAUCCUGGACAAGCUGCAGUUCUUUGAGGAACGACGACGCAGCCUGGAGCGCAGCGACUCGCCACCGGCGCCCCUGCGGCCCUGGGUGCCCCUGCGCAAGGCCCGCUCUCUGGAGCAGCCCAAGUCGGAGGGCGCCGCGCCGUGGGGCACGCCCGGGGCCUCGCAGGAGGAGCUGCGGGCGCCGCCCGGUAGCGUGGCCGAGCGGCGCCGCUUGUUCCAGCAGAAGGCAGCCUCUCUGGACGAGCGCACACGGCAGCGCAGCCCGGCCACAGACCUCGAGCUGCGCUUCGCCCAGGAGCUGGGCCGUAUCCGCCGCUCCACCUCGCGAGAGGAGUUGGUGCGCUCUCACGAGUCCCUGCGCACCACUCUGCAGCGCGCCCCGUCACCUCGAGAGCCCGGCGAGCCUCCGCUCUUCUCCCAGCCCUCCACCCCCAAGACCUCGCGGGCUGUGAGCCCCGCCACUGCCCAGGCGGCCCCUCCGAACGUCGCGGGGAAGGCUGGGGACGAGCCAGGGAGGCCCAGGAGCCGUGGGCCGGUGGGCAGGACGGAACCGGGGGAAGGCCCACAGCAGGAGGUUAGGCGUCGAGACCAGUUCCCGCUGACCCGGGGCAGAGCUAUCCAAGAGUGCAGGAGCCCCGUGCCACCCCCCGCGGCCGAUACCCCCGAGGCCAGGACGAAAGUCCCACCUGGACGGAAGCGGGAGCCCCCAGCGCAGGCCGUGCGCUUCCUGCCCUGGGCCACACCGGGCCUGGAGGGCGCUGCUGUGCCGCAGACCUUGGAAAAGAACAGAGCGGGGCCUGAGGCUGAGAAGAGGCUGCGCAGAGGGCCUGAGGACGACGGUCCCUGGGGACCCUGGGACCGCAGAGGGGCCCGCAGUCAGGGCAAAGGUCGCCGGACUCGGCCCACCUCCCCUGAGCUCGAAUCUUCGGAUGAUUCCUACGUGUCUGCUGGAGAGGAGCCCCUGGAAGCCCCCACAUUUGAGAUUCCCCUUCAGAAUGUGGUGGUGGCACCAGGGGCUGAUGUGCUGCUCAAGUGUAUUAUCACCGCCAAUCCCCCACCCCAAGUGUCCUGGCACAAGGAUGGGUCAACGCUGCGCAGUGAGGGCCGCCUCCUCAUCCGGGCCGAGGGUGAGCGGCACACCCUGCUGCUCAGGGAGGCCCGGGCAGCCGACGCUGGGAGCUAUAUGGCCACCGCCACCAACGAGCUGGGCCAGGCCAGCUGUGCUGCCUCACUAGCCGUGAGACCUGGUGGGUCCUCAUCCCCUUUCAGCAGCCCCAUCACCUCAGACGAAGAGUACCUGAGCCCCCCAGAGGAGUUCCCGGAGCCUGGAGAGACCUGGCCCCGAACCCCCACCAUGAAGCUCAGUCCCAGCCAGAACCACCGUUCUUCUGAUACUGGCUCCAAGGCACCCCCUACCUUCAAGGUCUCACUUAUGGACCAGUCAGUAAGAGAAGGCCAAGAUGUAAUAAUGAGCAUCCGUGUGCAGGGGGAACCCAAGCCCGUGGUCUCCUGGCUGAGGAAUCGCCAGCCCGUGCGCCCAGACCAGCGGCGCUUCGCAGAGGAAGCAGAGGGUGGGCUGUGCCGGCUGCGGAUCCUGGCUGCUGAGCGGGGAGAUGCGGGCUUCUACACGUGCAAAGCGGUCAACGAGUAUGGCGCUCGGCAAUGUGAGGCCCGUCUGGAGGUCCGAGCACACCCUGAAAGCCGGUCCUUGGCCGUGCUGGCCCCCCUGCAGGACGUGGACGUGGGGGCCGGGGAGAUGGCGCUGUUUGAGUGCCUGGUGGCAGGUCCUGCCGAUGUGGAGGUGGACUGGCUAUGUCGUGGCCGCCUGCUGCAGCCUGCACUGCUCAAAUGCAAGAUGCAUUUCGACGGCCGUAAGUGCAAGCUGCUGCUCACCUCUGUGCAUGAGGACGACAGUGGGGUCUACACUUGCAAGCUCAGCACGGCCAAAGAUGAACUGACCUGCAGUGCCCGCCUGACCGUGCGGCCCUCACUGGCACCCCUGUUCACGCGGCUGCUGGAAGAUGUGGAGGUGCUGGAGGGCAGAGCUGCCCGUUUCGACUGCAAGAUCAGUGGCACUCCACCACCCUCAGUGACCUGGACUCACUUUGGCCACCCUGUGGAGGAGAGUGACAACUUGCGGCUGCAGCAGGAUGGGGGUCUGCACUCACUGCACAUCACUCAUGUGGGCAGCGAGGAUGAGGGACUCUAUGAGGUCAGUGCCACCAAUACCCAUGGCCAGGCACACUGCUCAGCCCAGCUCUAUGUGGAGGAGCCCCGGACGGCAGCUACAGGCCCCAGCUCUAAGCUGGAGAAGAUGCCAUCUAUCCCCGAGGAGCCAGAGCAGGGCGAGCUAGAGCGGCUGUCCAUUCCCGACUUCCUGCGACCACUACAAGACCUGGAGGUGGGACUGGCCAAGGAGGUCAUGCUGGAGUGCCAGGUGACUGGCCUGCCCUACCCCACCAUCAGCUGGUUCCACAAUGGCCACCGCAUCCAGAGCAGUGACGACCGGCGCAUGACACAGUACAGGGAUGUACAUCGGUUGGUGUUCCCUGCUGUUGGGCCUCAGCAUGCAGGUGUCUACAAAAGUGUCAUCGCCAAUAAGCUUGGCAAAGCUGCCUGCUAUGCCCACCUAUAUGUCACAGAUGUGGUUCCAGGCCCCCCAGAUGGUGCCCCACAGGUGGUGGCUGUGACUGGGAAGAUGGUCACGCUCACAUGGAACCCGCCCCGAAAUCUGGACAUGGCCAUAGACCCGGACUCCCUCACAUACACGGUGCAGCACCAGGUGGUGGGCUCGGAUCAGUGGACAGUGCUGGCCACAGGUCUGCGGGAGCCUGGCUGGGUGGCCACAGGAUUACGGAAGGGACUCCAGCACAUCUUCCGGGUCCUCACCACCACUGUCAAGAGCAGCAGCAAGCCCUCACCCCCCUCUGAAUCUGUGCAGCUGCUAGAACAUGGCCCAGCCCUAGAGGAGGCUCCUGUUGUGCUGGACAAACCGGAUGUCGUGUAUGUAGUGGAGGGACGGCCUGCCAGUGUCACUGUCACCUUCAACCAUGUGGAGGCCCAGGUUGUAUGGAGGAGCUGUAGAGGGGCCCUCCUAGAGGCACGGGCAGGUGUGUACGAGCUGAGCCAGCCAGAUGACGACCAGUACUGCCUUCGGAUCUGCCGGGUGAGCCGCCGGGACAUGGGGGCCCUCAGCUGCACUGCCCGAAACCGCCAUGGCACACAGACCUGCUCGGUCAGACUGGAACUGGCAGAGGCCCCUCGGUUUGAGUCCAUCAUGGAGGAUGUGGAGGUGGGAGCUGGGGAAACUGCUCGCUUUGCUGUGGUGGUUGAGGGGAAACCACUGCCAGACAUCAUGUGGUACAAGGACGAGGUGCUGCUGGCCGAGAGCAACCAUGUGAGCUUCGUGUAUGAGGAGAAUGAGUGCUCCCUGGUGAUACUCAGCACAGGGACCCAGGAUGGAGGUGUUUACACCUGCACAGCCCGGAACCUGGCAGGCGAGGUCUCCUGCAAAGCAGAGCUGGCUGUGCAUUCAGCUCAGACAGCUAUGGAGGUUGAGGGGGCCGGGGAGGAUGAGGAGCAUCGAGGAAGGCGACUCAGUGACUUCUAUGACAUCCACCAGGAAAUUGGCAGGGGUGCUUUCUCCUACCUGCGGCGUGUGGUAGAACGCAGCUCUGGUCUGGAAUUUGCAGCCAAGUUCAUCCCCAGCCAGGCCAAGCCAAAAGCAUCAGCACGGCGGGAAGCCCGGCUAUUAGCCCGGCUUCAGCAUGACUGCAUCCUCUACUUCCAUGAGGCCUUUGAGAGGCGCCGGGGACUAGUCAUUGUCACUGAGCUCUGCACAGAGGAGCUGCUGGAAAGAAUGGCCAGGAAACCCACCGUGUGUGAGUCUGAGAUCCGAGUCUACAUGCAGCAGGUACUAGAGGGAGUACGCUACCUGCACCAGAGCCAUGUGCUGCACCUCGAUGUCAAGCCUGAGAACCUGCUGGUAUGGGACGGUGCAGGGGGUGAAGAGCAGGUGCGGAUCUGCGACUUUGGGAAUGCCCAGGAGCUGACUCCAGGAGAGCCUCAAUACUGCCAAUAUGGCACACCUGAGUUUGUGGCACCCGAGAUUGUCAACCAGAGCCCUGUGUCUGGAGUCACUGACAUCUGGCCCGUAGGUGUCGUUGCCUUCCUCUGUCUGACGGGAAUCUCCCCAUUUGUUGGGGAAAACGAUCGGACAACAUUGAUGAACAUCCGAAACUAUAACGUGGCCUUUGAGGAGACCACAUUCCUGAGUCUGAGCAGGGAGGCUCGGGGCUUCCUCAUCAAAGUGCUGGUGCAGGACCGGCUGAGACCUACUGCAGAGGAGACCCUAGAACAUCCUUGGUUCAGAACUCAGGCAAAGGGUGCAGAGGUGAGCACAGAUCACCUAAAGCUAUUCCUCUCCCGGCGGAAGUGGCAGCGCUCCCAGAUCAGCUACAAGUGCCACCUGGUGCUGCGCCCCAUCCCGGAACUGCUGCGGGCCCCUCCAGAGCGGGUGUGGGUGGCCAUGCCCCGAAGACCAACCCCCAGCGGGGGGCUCUCAUCCUCCUCCGAUUCUGAAGAGGAAGAGCUUGAAGAGCUGCCCUCAGUGCCUCGACCCCUGCAGCCUGAAUUCUCUGGCUCCCGGGUGUCCCUCACAGACAUUCCCACUGAGGAUGAGGCCCUGGGGACCCUAGAGGCUGGGGCUUCCACCCCCAUGGACUGGCAAGAACAGGGAAGGGCUCCAUCUCAGGAUCAGGAGGCUCCCAGCCCUCAGGCCCUCUCCUCCCCAGGCCAAGAGCACCUAGCUGGGCCUAGCCCCAGGCGGGGAGAGCUCCGCAGGGGCAGCUCAGCUGAGAGCGCCCUGCCCCGGGCCGGGCCGCGGGAACCGGGCCGGGGCCUGCACAAGGCUGCCUCUGUGGAGCUGCCGCAGCGCCGGAGCCCCAGCCCGGGGGCCACCCGCCUGGCCCGGGGAGGCCUGGGUGAGGGCGAGUACGCCCAGAGGCUGCAGGCCCUGCGCCAGCGGCUGCUGCGGGGAAGCCCUGAGGAUGGCAAGGUCAGCGGCCUCAGGGGUCCCCUGCUGGAGAGCCUGGGAGGCCGUGCCCGGGAUCCUCGGAUGGCACGGGCUGCCUCCAGCGAGGCAGCACCCCACCACCAGCCCCCACCCGAGACUCGAGGCCUGCAAAAGAGCAGCAGUUUCUCGCAGGGUGAGGCGGAGCCCCGGGGACGGCACCGCCGCGCUGGGGCACCCCUUGAGAUCCCAGUAGCCAGGCUUGGGGCCCGCAGGCUGCAGGAGUCUCCCUCUCUAUCUGCCCUCAGCGAGGCCCAGCCAUCCAGCCCUGCGCGGCCCAACGUCCCCAAACCCAGUGCCCCUAAGUCUGCAGAACCUUCCGCCACCCCCCCAAGUGAUGCUCCGCAUACCUCGGCAACCCAACCUGCCCAAGACAAGGCGCCAGAGCCCACGCCAGAGCCAGUCCGAGCCUCCAAGCCCGCAAAGUCCCCCGUGGUCCUGCAAACCCCAACGCUGCCCCUUACGCCCUAUGCUCAGAUCAUACAGUCGCUUCAGCUGUCGGGCCACGCCCAGGGCGUCCCUCAGAGCCCUCUUGCGCCUCCGCCUCCGUCAGAGCCCAAGCCCCACGCCGCCGUGUUUGCCAGGGUGGCCUCUCCUCCUCCCGGAGCCCCUGAGAAACGCUUGCCCUCAGCCGCAGCUCCCCCAGUGCCAGUCGAGAAAGCCCGGGUCCCCACGGUGCCCCCACGUCCAGGCAGUAGCCUCAGCAGCAGCAUUGAGAACCUGGAAUCUGAGGCUGUGUUUGAGGCUAAGUUCAAGCGCAGCCGUGAGUCGCCCCUGUCGCGGGGGCUGCGGCUGCUGAGCCGCUCGCGCUCCGAGGAGCGCGGCCCCUUCCGCGGGGCCUCAGAGGAGAACGGCAUGUACCGGCCCAGCCCGGCGGGAACCCCGCUGGAGCUGGUGCGACGGCCCGAGCGCUCACGCUCCGUGCAGGACCUCAGGGCUGUCGGGGAGCCCGGCCUCGUCCGCCGCCUCUCUCUGUCGCUGUCGCAGCGGCUACGGAGGACCCCGCCCGCGCAGCGGCACCCGGCCUGGGAGGCCCGCGGCGGGGAUGGGGAGAGCUCGGAGGGCGGGAGCUCGGCGCGGGGGUCCCCGGUGCUGACCGUGCGUAGGAGGCUCAGCUCCACGCUGGAGCGGCUGUCGAGCCGGUUGCAGCGCAGCGGCAGCAGCGAGGAUUCUGGCGGCACGUCGGGUCGCAGCACGCCCCUGUUCGGACGGCUGCGCAGGGCCACGUCGGAAGGCGAGAGUCUGAGGCGCCUCGGCAUCCCGCACAACCAGCUGGCCGCCCAGCCCGGUGCCACCACGCCUUCUGCUGAGUCUCUUGGCUCCGAAGCCAGUGCCACUUCUGGCUCUUCAGGGGCAGGGGAAAGCCGAAGCCGGCUCCGCUGGGGCCUCUCUCGGCUGCGGAAGGACAAGGGGUUAUCACAACCAAACCUCUCCGCCAGCAUACAGGAGGACUUGGGUCACCAGUAUGUGCGCAGUGAGUCAGACUUCCCCCCAGUCUUCCACAUCAAACUCAAGGACCAGGUGCUGCUAGAGGGGGAGGCAGCCACUCUGCUUUGCCUGCCGGCGGCCUGCCCUGCACCACACAUCUCCUGGAUGAAAGACAAGCAGUGCCUGCGGUCAGAACCCUCAGUGAUCAUCGUGUCCUGCAAAGAUGGGCGGCAGCUGCUGAGUAUCCCUCGGGCGGGCAAGCGUCAUGCCGGGCUCUAUGAAUGUUCAGCCACCAAUGUCCUAGGCAGCGUCAUCAGCUCCUGUACCGUGGCUGUGGCCCGAGUCCCAGGAAAGCUAGCUCCUCCUGAGGUGCCCCAGACCUACCAGGACACAGCACUGGUGCUGUGGAAGCCAGGAGACAGCCGGGCACCUUGCACAUAUACACUGGAGCGGCGGGUGGAUGGGGAGUCUGUCUGGCACCCUGUAAGCUCAGGCAUCCCUGACUGCUACUAUAAUGUGACCCAUCUGCCCGUUGGUGUGAAUGUGAGGUUCCGUGUGGCCUGUGCCAACCGUGCUGGGCAGGGGCCCUUCAGCAACCCUUCAGAGAAGAUCCUCAUCAGGGGCACUCAAGAUUCUUCAGCUCUGCCAUCUGCUGCUCACCAAGAGACCCCUGUUACCUCAGGGCCAGCCAGGGCCCCACCUCCUGACUCUCCUACCUCACCAGCCCUGCCCCCAACAACUACUGCCCCAGCCUCCCUGUCAGUCACUCUCAGCCCCUCAUCUCCCUCCAUGCCCCCCAGCCAGGCCUUGUCCUCCCUCAAGGCUGUGGGUCCACCACCCCAAACCCCCCCACGAAAGCACAGGGGCCUGCAGGCUGCCCGGCAAGCAGAGCCCACCCCACCCAGUGUCCAGGUCACUCCAAAUGAGCCCAAGUCUUUUGUCUCUGACACUGGGACCCCUACCCCAGUUUCCACCCCUCAAGGGGUUAAACCAGCACCUUCCUCUACUCCCCUGUAUAUGGUGACUUCCUUUGUGUCUGCACCACCGGCCCCUGAGCCCCCAGCCCCUGAGCCCCCUCCUGAGCCCACUAAGGUGACCGUGCAGAGCCUCAGCCCGGCCCAGGAGGUAGUCAGCUCCCCUGGGAGCAGUCCCCGCAGCUCUCCCAAGCCAGAGACAACUCUGCGACAAGGCCCCCCUCAGAAACCCUACACGUUCCUGGAGGAAAAGGCCAGGGGCCGCUUUGGUGUUGUGCGAGCAUGCCGGGAGAAUGCCACAGGGAGAACGUUUGUGGCCAAGAUUGUGCCCUAUGCGGCUGAGGGCAAGCGGCGAGUCUUGCAGGAAUAUGAGGUGCUGCGGACACUGCACCAUGAGCGGCUCAUGUCCCUGCAUGAGGCCUACAUCACCCCUCGAUACCUAGUGCUCAUUGCUGAGAGCUGCGGCAACCGGGAACUCCUCUGUGGGCUCAGUGACAGGUUCCGGUAUUCAGAAGAUGAUGUGGUCACCUACAUGGUACAGCUGCUACAAGGCCUGGACUACCUCCAUGGCCGCCAUGUGCUACACCUAGACAUUAAGCCGGACAACCUGCUGCUGGCCCCUGACAAUACCCUCAAGAUUGUGGACUUUGGCAGUGCCCAGCCCUACAACCCUCAGGCCCUGAAGCCCCUUGGCCACCGCACGGGCACGCUGGAGUUCAUGGCUCCUGAGAUGGUGAAGGGAGAACCCAUUGGCUCUACCACAGACAUCUGGGGAGUGGGUGUGCUCGCCUACAUCAUGCUCAGUGGAUGCUCCCCAUUCUAUGAGCCAGACCCCCAGGAAACAGAGGCUCGGAUAGUGGGGGGGCGCUUUGAUGCCUUCCAGCUAUACCCCAAUACAUCCCAGAGUGCCACCCUCUUCUUGCGAAAGGUCCUCUCAGUACAUCCCUGGAGCCGGCCCUCCCUGCAGGACUGCUUGGCCCACCCCUGGCUGCAGGACGCCUACCUGAUGAAGCUGCGCCGCCAGACUCUCACCUUCACCACCAACAGGCUCAAGGAGUUCCUGAGUGAGCAGCGGCGGCGCCGUGCUGAGGCUGCCACCCGCCACAAGGUUCUGCUGCGCUCCUACCCUGGCGGCCUCUAGUGGCAUGGACCAUAGCCCAGUCUUGGGCUUUGACUGGGGGUUCCCACCCAACAAUGCAGCAGGACAUUCCAGAGCCCACGCUGAGCGGGGUGGGCCUGGGGGCUUCAGAUACCACCAGCAGCAACAUCUGGCCAGGCUCUUACCUCAUGGAUCUGCGGGGACAGAGGCCUUGGGGCUUUGGCCUGAUGCCACCCCAGGCCAGAGGCAGAAGUAGAGACCAGCUGGCCAGGCUGGGCAGGGGUGGGAACAGGCAGAGGGGCAAGAAGGGAAUAGGGAAAUAAAGAGGAAAUGAAGCCAAGGGAGAGGGAGGGGAGACUCUAGGAAGGUUCUGGAAUAGGGGACAGUGCAUCAUGGGAGAGCAGGAUGGGGACGUAUGUGUGGCCGGCAAGGAGGAAGAAGAAGGAGCCCAAGGUGUCAGGGUGGAGGGCUGGGAGUGUUGGUGAAGCUGGGGCAGGUUACAGAGACAGUGCCAUGGAGCCAGGCGGUGAGAGAGGGCAGUGAGGCAUGGGAAGGAGAGGAGGUGGCCUCAGGUGAAGUGGGGCAGGCCAGCUGCUGGCAUCCCCGGGAGGAGCAGAGUGGACAGCUGGAACAGCAAGUGGUGACUCAAGCUGGAUCCUCCAUCCAGUGGAUGCAGCUCUGGGCACUCCAUGCUGGCAUGAUGUCCCCACCACCCCUCCAUGGCCUUUGCCCUUCUUCCGAUGGCUAUUUAUUUAUUUAUUGACUUUUAUGAAGUUUUCCCUUCCUUUUAAUCCCCAAUGCCUAUGUUGUCCUGACCACCCCCCAGCCAUCCAGCUGUCUGUCUGUCACAAGGAAAAUAAAAACGGCAAGCAGCA